UUUUUGUGUGUUUUUUUUUUGCUUUGCUGGGUCCGCCAUAUUGCCGAGGACGGGCAGCCGCGGCUGCGGAAGGUAGUGGCCGCCGCCGGCGCUGCAGCCCCCGUGCAGCCGGCGCGCCGGGGCCUCCCCGCUCAGCCCCUCCCGCUCUCAGUUCGCAGGCCUCGCGGGAGCCCGAGUGCCGCUCCUCCCGGGAGGCGGCGGCUCCUCAGCGCCCGGCUCGCUCGGCGCCGGGAGCGAGCGGCGAGUUAGCGACCGCAGCGCAGCCAGCGGCCGCGGACGGCGAGCGGGGAGAGCGCGGCGGCCGCGGCGGGAGGAGGUGACGCAGGAGGACGCACCGCCCGGAGCCCGUCGGAGCGGAGCGCAGAGCCCGGCCUGAGAGGAAGGCGAGAGGCCGGCGGCGGCGCAGGAGGAGCGGCCACCGCUGCGGGGCGGGCGCUGCGAGCGCCGAGGCCGGCUCCCGAGCUGUCGCCGCGGCCUCUCCACACACUUUGUCGCCCGUCCCCCCCGCCGGGGGCCUGGGAUGCGCCCGCGGCCGCGCUGCCCCGCGACUGAGUGGCGCUGCCGGCUCCGCGUGUGCUGCCGCCGAAGACCAGACGCCCGGGUUGUGCGGUUAUGCAAUGGUCUGUUCAGGAUGGCUUGUUCUUGAAUUGGAUCUUCCGAAGACUGACAGAUGCUGGUACUUCAUCUUCUAUAAGUGGACUCUGAUUUCUUUUCUCAAGACAACUACAUAAGCAGACAAAAUUGCAAAGAUCUGCCCUGUGUCGAGUAUGACAGCCACGACUCGUGGCUCUCCAGUAGGAGGGAAUGACAACCAGGGCCAGGCUCCCGAUGGCCAGGCUCAGCCCCCCCUCCAGCAGAAUCAGACGUCAUCGCCUGAUUCUUCCAAUGAAAACUCCCCGGCAACUCCCCCAGAUGAGCAAGGUCAGGGCGAUGCUCCCCCCCAGCUGGAAGAGGAGGAGCCUGCGUUUCCGCACACUGACCUGGCCAAGCUGGAUGACAUGAUCAAUAGGCCUCGGUGGGUGGUUCCAGUUUUGCCGAAAGGGGAAUUAGAAGUGCUUUUAGAAGCUGCUAUUGAUCUUAGUAAAAAAGGCCUUGAUGUUAAAAGUGAAGCAUGUCAGCGAUUCUUUCGAGAUGGGCUCACAAUAUCCUUCACUAAAAUCCUUACAGACGAGGCAGUGAGUGGCUGGAAGUUUGAGAUUCACAGGUGUAUUAUCAAUAACACUCAUCGCCUGGUGGAACUAUGUGUGGCCAAGCUGUCCCAAGACUGGUUUCCACUUCUAGAACUUCUCUCCAUGGCCUUAAAUCCUCAUUGCAAAUUCCACAUCUACAAUGGUACCCGCCCGUGUGAAUCCGUCUCCUCAAGUGUUCAGUUGCCUGAUGACGAACUCUUUGCCCGUUCUCCAGACCCUCGCUCACCAAAAGGUUGGCUAGUGGAUCUCCUCAACAAAUUCGGCACUUUAAAUGGGUUCCAGAUUUUGCAUGAUCGUUUUAUUAGUGGAUCAGCAUUAAAUGUUCAAAUAAUUGCAGCUCUUAUUAAACCGUUUGGACAAAGCUACGAAUUUCUCACUCUCCACACGGUGAAAAAGUUCUUUCUUCCCAUCAUAGAAAUGGUUCCACAGUUUUUAGAAAACUUAACUGACGAAGAGCUGAAAAAAGAAGCAAAGAAUGAAGCUAAAAAUGAUGCCCUUUCAAUGAUUAUUAAAUCUUUGAAGAAUUUAGCGUCAAGGGUUCCAGGACAAGAAGAAACUGUAAAAAAUUUAGAAAUAUUUAGGUUAAAAAUGAUACUUAGAUUAUUGCAAAUUUCUUCUUUCAAUGGCAAGAUGAACGCACUGAAUGAGGUGAAUAAGGUGAUUUCCAGCGUGUCGUACUACACUCACCGCCAUGGCAACCCGGAGGAGGAAGAGUGGCUCACCGCUGAGCGGAUGGCAGAAUGGAUACAGCAGAACAACAUCUUAUCCAUCGUCCUGCGAGACAGCCUGCACCAGCCACAGUACGUGGAGAAGCUGGAGAAGAUUCUUCGUUUCGUCAUCAAAGAAAAGGCUCUGACCUUGCAAGACCUUGAUAAUAUCUGGGCAGCACAGGCAGGGAAGCACGAGGCCAUUGUGAAGAAUGUACAUGAUUUACUGGCAAAGUUGGCCUGGGAUUUUUCUCCUGAACAACUCGAUCAUCUCUUCGAUUGUUUUAAGGCAAGUUGGACAAAUGCAAGUAAAAAGCAGCGGGAGAAGCUCCUUGAGCUGAUCCGCCGCCUGGCAGAGGAUGACAAGGACGGGGUGAUGGCGCACAAGGUGCUGAACCUCCUGUGGAACCUGGCGCACAGCGAUGACGUGCCCGUGGACAUCAUGGACCUGGCCCUCAGCGCCCACAUCAAAAUACUCGAUUACAGCUGCUCCCAGUUACGGCAUAAUGUUUGUGUUGCUAAUCGUACAAGAGAAGCUGUGUUUUGUAAUUCUGAAAGCUAUAUUGACCUGUAUAAAACAUUGAAAUCGUUUAAGGACCGUGACACACAGAAGAUCCAGUGGAUAGAUCGCUUUAUAGAAGAACUUCGUACAAAUGACAAAUGGGUGAUCCCCGCACUGAAACAAAUUAGAGAAAUUUGUAGUUUGUUUGGGGAGGCACCUCAGAAUUUGAGUUCUUCUCGUUUCAGUCAAACUCAGCGAAGUCCCCAUGUAUUUUAUCGUCAUGAUUUAAUCAAUCAACUUCAGCACAAUCAUGCCCUAGUUACUUUGGUAGCAGAAAACCUUGCAACUUACAUGGAAAGCAUGAGAAUGUAUGCCAGAGACCAUGAGGACUAUGACCCGCAGACUGUGAGGCUGGGGAGUAGAUACAGUCAUGUCCAAGAAGUCCAGGAACGGCUGAACUUCCUGAGGUUUUUGCUGAAGGACGGCCAGCUGUGGCUGUGCGCCCCGCAGGCCAAGCAGAUCUGGAAGUGCCUGGCGGAGAACGCCGUGUACCUGUGCGACCGCGAGGCCUGCUUCAAGUGGUACUCCAAGCUGAUGGGGGAUGAGCCCGACCUGGACCCCGACAUUAACAAGGACUUCUUCGAAAGCAACGUGCUGCAGCUCGACCCUUCCCUCUUAACGGAAAACGGGAUGAAGUGUUUUGAGCGGUUCUUCAAAGCUGUGAAUUGUCGAGAAGGAAAACUGGUGGCGAAGCGGAGAGCCUACAUGAUGGAUGACUUGGAGCUGAUCGGGUUAGACUACCUGUGGAGGGUCGUGAUUCAGAGCAAUGACGAUAUUGCCAGCAGAGCUAUAGAUCUCCUUAAAGAGAUAUACACAAACCUGGGGCCGAGGCUACAGGUCAAUCAGGUGGUGAUCCAUGAAGACUUUAUUCAGUCUUGCUUUGAUCGUUUGAAAGCCUCCUAUGACACGCUGUGUGUAUUGGAUGGUGACAAAGACAGUAUUAAUUGUGCGAGGCAGGAAGCUGUUCGGAUGGUUCGCGUGUUAACCGUGUUGAGGGAGUACAUAAAUGAAUGCGACAGCGAUUACCACGAGGAAAGGACCAUCCUGCCGAUGUCAAGAGCUUUCCGUGGCAAACACCUCUCCUUCAUAGUCCGCUUCCCAAACCAGGGCAGGCAGGUGGAUGACCUGGAUGUGUGGUCCCAUACCAAUGACACGAUCGGCUCCGUGCGGCGGUGCAUUCUCAAUCGCAUCAAAGCCAACGUGGCCCACACCAAGAUCGAGCUCUUCGUGGGCGGGGAGCUGAUAGAUCCUGCUGAUGACAGGAAGUUGAUUGGACAAUUAAACUUAAAAGAUAAAUCGCUAAUUACAGCCAAGCUUACACAAAUAAGUUCCAAUAUGCCUUCAAGCCCUGAUAGCUCUUCUGAUUCCUCAACUGGAUCUCCUGGAAACCAUGGCAACCAUUACAGCGAUGGUCCCAAUCCGGAGGUGGAAAGCUGUUUGCCCGGGGUGAUAAUGUCCCUGCAUCCCAGAUACAUCUCUUUCCUUUGGCAAGUGGCAGACUUAGGGAGCAGCCUAAAUAUGCCAUCUCUCCGAGAUGGUGCCAGGGUGCUUAUGAAACUGAUGCCACCAGACAGCACAACAAUAGAGAAGCUGAGGGCCAUCUGCCUGGACCACGCCAAGCUCGGCGAGAGCAGCCUUAGCCCGUCUCUCGACUCGCUCUUCUUUGGGCCUUCCGCUUCCCAAGUGCUGUACCUGACCGAGGUGGUCUAUGCCUUGCUCAUGCCCGCAGGGGCGCCUCUGGCUGAAGACUCCUCUGAUUUCCAGUUUCACUUCUUAAAAAGUGGCGGCCUGCCCCUGGUCCUGAGCAUGCUGACCCGGAAUAACUUCCUGCCCAGCGCAGACAUGGAGACGCGAAGGGGUGCCUACCUCAACGCCCUGAAAAUAGCCAAGCUCCUGCUGACGGCCAUCGGCUACGGCCACGUGCGCGCCGUGGCGGAGGCGUUCCAGCCGGGCGUGGAAGGCGUGAACCCUCUCACAUCGGUCAACCAGGUCACGCACGACCAGGCGGUGGUGCUGCAGAGCGCACUGCAGAGCAUCCCGAACCCGUCGUCCGAGUGCAUGCUGCGGAACGUGUCCAUCCGCCUGGCCCAGCAGAUCUCCGACGAGGCUUCGAGGUACAUGCCCGACAUCUGCGUGAUCAGAGCCAUUCAGAAAAUCAUCUGGGCCUCCGGGUGUGGCGCUCUGCAGCUGGUGUUCAGCCCGAAUGAAGAAAUCACGAAAAUUUACGAGAAGUCCAAUGUGGGCAAUGAGCUGGACCUGGAAGACGAGCAGGUUUGCUGCGAAGCGUUGGAAGUGAUGACGCUGUGUUUUGCCUUGAUUCCCACGGCCUUAGACGCUCUGAGCAAAGAGAAGGCGUGGCAGACAUUCAUUAUCGACUUGCUACUGCACUGUCACAGCAAGACCGUCCGCCAGGUGGCACAGGAGCAGUUCUUCCUGAUGUGCACCAGAUGCUGCAUGGGCCACCGGCCGCUGCUCUUCUUCAUCACGCUGCUCUUCACCGUCCUGGGGAGCACAGCCAGGGAGAGAGCCAAACACUCGGGUGACUACUUCACUCUCCUGAGGCACCUUUUGAAUUACGCUUACAACAGUAACAUUAAUAUACCCAAUGCCGAGGUUCUUCUCAACAAUGAAAUCGAUUGGCUGAAAAGAAUUCGGGAUGAGGUGAAGAGAACAGGUGACACAGGUGUUGAGGAGACGAUCUUGGAAGGACACCUGGGGGUAACAAAGGAGUUGCUGGCCUUUCAAACCCCCGAGAAGAAGUAUCACAUCGGUUGUGAAAAGGGGGGUGCUAGCCUCAUUAAAGAGCUAAUUGACGACUUCAUCUUCCCUGCAUCCAAUGUGUACCUGCAGUACAUGAGGAACGGGGAGCUGCCCGCCGAGCAGGCCAUCCCCGUCUGCAGCUCCCCAGCCACCAUCAAUGCUGGCUUUGAGCUACUGGUGGCACUGGCUGUGGGCUGCGUGAGGAAUCUCAAGCAGAUAGUAGAGUCUUUGACUGAAAUGUAUUACAUUGGCACAGCAAUAACUACCUGUGAGGCACUUACAGAGUGGGAGUACCUGCCCCCAGUUGGACCCCGCCCUCCCAAAGGAUUUGUGGGGCUGAAGAAUGCCGGCGCUACCUGCUACAUGAACUCUGUGAUCCAGCAGCUCUACAUGAUCCCCUCCAUCCGGAACGGUAUUCUGGCCAUUGAAGGCACAGGUAGUGAUGUAGAUGAUGAUAUGUCUGGGGAUGAGAAGCAGGACAACGAGAGCAAUGUGGAUCCCAGAGAUGAUGUAUUUGGAUAUCCUCAGCAGUUUGAGGACAAACCAGCACUAAGUAAAACGGAGGAUAGGAAGGAGUACAACAUCGGUGUGCUCAGGCACCUGCAGGUUAUCUUUGGCCACUUGGCUGCUUCCCGGCUGCAGUACUACGUGCCCCGAGGAUUCUGGAAGCAGUUCCGGCUUUGGGGUGAGCCUGUUAACCUGCGUGAGCAACAUGAUGCUUUAGAAUUUUUUAAUUCUCUGGUGGAUAGUUUAGAUGAAGCUUUGAAAGCCUUAGGACAUCCUGCUAUGCUAAGUAAAGUUUUAGGAGGUUCCUUUGCUGAUCAGAAGAUUUGCCAAGGCUGCCCACAUAGAUACGAGUGUGAAGAAUCUUUUACGACUUUGAAUGUAGACAUUCGAAAUCACCAAAAUCUUCUUGAUUCUUUGGAACAAUAUGUCAAAGGAGAUUUAUUAGAAGGUGCAAAUGCAUAUCAUUGUGAGAAAUGCAAUAAGAAGGUUGAUACUGUAAAACGCCUGCUAAUUAAAAAAUUACCUCCUGUUCUUGCUAUUCAACUGAAACGAUUUGACUAUGACUGGGAAAGAGAGUGUGCGAUCAAAUUCAAUGAUUACUUUGAGUUUCCACGAGAGCUGGACAUGGAGCCUUACACGGUGGCAGGCGUCGCCAAGCUGGAGGGGGAUAGCGUGACCCCCGAGAGCCAGCUGAUCCAGCAGAACGAGCAGUCCGAGAGCGAGGCAGCGGGCAGCACCAAGUACAGGCUGGUGGGCGUGCUGGUGCACAGCGGGCAGGCGAGCGGCGGCCACUAUUACUCCUACAUCAUCCAGAGGAACGGCGUGGACGGUGAGAGGAACCGCUGGUAUAAGUUCGAUGACGGCGACGUGACAGAGUGUAAAAUGGAUGACGAUGAAGAAAUGAAAAACCAGUGCUUCGGGGGAGAGUACAUGGGAGAAGUGUUCGAUCACAUGAUGAAGCGCAUGUCAUACAGGCGCCAGAAGAGGUGGUGGAAUGCCUACAUCCUCUUCUAUGAGCGACUGGACACCAUAGACCAAGGUGAUGAGUUGGUGAGAUACAUAUCCGAGCUGGCCGUCACCAGCAGGCCCCGUCAGAUCGUCAUGCCCUCGGCCAUCGAGAGAAGCGUGCGCAAGCAGAACGUGCAGUUCAUGCAUAACCGGAUGCAGUACAGCUUGGAGUAUUUUCAGUUCAUGAAAAAAUUGCUUACGUGUAAUGGUGUUUACUUAAACCCUCCUCCCGGGCAAGAUCACCUGUUGCCUGAAGCAGAAGAAAUCACCAUGAUUAGUAUUCAACUUGCUGCUAGGUUCCUCUUCACCACGGGGUUUCAUACCAAGAAAGUAGUCCGUGGCUCGGCCAGUGAUUGGUAUGAUGCACUGUGUAUUCUCCUUCGUCACAGCAAGAAUGUGCGCUUUUGGUUUGCUCACAACGUCCUUUUCAAUGUUUCCAAUCGCUUCUCUGAAUACCUCUUGGAGUGCCCCAGUGCGGAAGUGAGGGGCGCGUUUGCAAAGCUGAUCGUUUUCAUCGCGCACUUCUCCUUGCAAGAUGGCCCGUGCCCUUCGCCUUUUGCGUCUCCUGGACCUUCUAGUCAGGCUUAUGACAACCUGAGCCUCAGCGAUCACCUGCUGAGAGCGGUGCUGAACCUCCUGAGGAGGGAGGUCUCGGAGCACGGGCGCCAUCUGCAGCAGUAUUUCAACCUGUUCGUGAUGUAUGCCAAUUUAGGUGUGGCCGAGAAGACACAGCUUCUGAAACUGAGUGUGCCUGCCACCUUCAUGC